AUAGUUCGAUGGAUACUUUCAUAGUCGAUGAUCUCAGUGAAAAUGAACAGUCGAAUAUUAUUAGUGAAUUUGAUGGUUUGCAUGUGAUGAAUGAAACGAGUAAUGACUCAUCGGACGAUGAAGAGUCUAGCGAUUUUUAUGAAGUUGAACGAAUUGAAAGGCAUAGGACAAAUAAACUUGGCAAGUUACAAUUUCUUAUUAAAUGGGCAGGGUGGGGUGCGAAAUACAACAGCUGGGUUGAUGCAUCUGAUGUGCAUGCUACGAAAUUAGUUAAAGAAUAUUGGGAUUGUAAGAAUGGUGAAACAAAUUCAUCAAAGACCCGACGGGCAUUGAGAAAACGAACGAGAUAUACUGCAUUUUCAUCAACGAACAAAAAGUCCGAUAAUCUUAGCAUUAAAUCGAGUUCAAGAAUUCAAAAGCUAUUGAGGGAAAAAGAGAAAAGCAUGACAUCGCUUUAUUUAGAAAGUAGUAGCUCUGACGAAGAACUCCAAUAUGCACCUGAAUUUAAACCUAGAUCUCCAACGCAAGAAGAUAAUACCAGAGUUGUUAGCUUCUAUGAAAAUCCUGACUCAGUUCAUUCAGAGGAUAGAUUUUAUUCUUUAGAUUGGGAACAGGAUGUUGACCGUGUUGGAUGGGUCGAAAGGAUUGAAGAAAAUAAUCUUGUUUUUCUAUUCUGGAAAUCAGGUCAUAUGACCAACCAUUCACUGAAAGAAGUUGAAAAAAAAUGUCCCGACAAA